UAUAAUUUAUAUCGGGACAAAAAUUGAACCACCAUGUCUCACAAACCUUGAUCCGCCGUGGCCACCGCUUCCGGUGCGACAACCUCGCGGUUAUGGCCGCAUUGCGACGAAACAAAUCGCAUUUGAAAAGCACCAACUACCCUCCCUCACCCACCACACUCAAUUCCGCAUCGACUCACCCGUCUCGAAACAUUACUCGUCACGUCGACUCAGCUCAAGAAAGAACGGGAAGAAAUAAAGUACACGCCACAUAAACUUGCUGAAACAGCCGAUCGGUCGAUCGAUGGCUUCCUCCCUUGUCCACCUAAGCUCCCCCGCCGGUGGCCGCACCGCCGCCGCGCCGCCCAGCUUGCUAAGCCGCUUCAGCCCCAACUUCUGCGCCUUCGCUACACUCCGCCCAGGCCCGACCAGACCGACCGCCGCCACCCCCAAGCACGCGAGAGCCAGGACCUGCGCCGAGCAGGAGCAAAAGCAGGAGGUCGCUGCCCCGUGCCGUGACGCCUACGAGAAGCCGGCCGUAUGGAAUACGACCGCGGCAGACUCCGCGGAGGCGGCGCCGCCGCUACGCGUGGGGAUCAUCGGCUUCGGCAACUUCGGGCAGUUCAUCGCCAGGGGCAUCCAGCGCCAGGGCCAUGCCGUGCUGGCCACUUCCAGAUCUGACUACUCCGCCUACUGCUCCGCCCAAGGGAUUCGCUACUUCAGGAGCUUGGAGGCGCUGUGCGAGGAGCAGCCCAACGUGCUGCUGGUGUGCAGCUCAAUCCUCUCGACGGAGGCCGUCGUCCGGGCAAUCCCCUUCCACAAGCUCCGCUCUGACACCAUCGUAGCUGACGUGCUCUCCGUCAAGCAGUUUCCCCGUAACCUCCUCCUCGAGAUCCUGCCGCCGGAGUUUGGGAUCGUCUGCACACACCCCAUGUUUGGGCCGGAGAGUGGUAAGCAUGGCUGGAGCACACUGCCCUUCGUCUAUGACAAGGUUCGCCUUGCGGACAAAGGAGAUCAGAAAGCCAAUUGCGGCCAGUUCUUGAGCAUCUUUGAGGGAGAGGGAUGUCGGAUGGUGGAGAUGUCAUGCGCAGAACAUGAUCGCCACGCUGCGGCAAGUCAAUUCAUCACACACACUAUUGGGAGGGUUCUGGCGCAACUAAAUCUCAAGUCCACGCCAAUCAACACCAAAGGUUUUGAGGCCCUCCUGAAACUUACAGAAAACACCGUGAGCGAUAGUUUCGAUCUAUACUACGGGCUCUUCAUGUACAAUGUGAAUGCCACAGAGCAGAUUGAGAAACUGGAAAGGGCAUUUGAGAAGGUGAAGCAGAUGCUGUAUGGUAGACUCCAUGACAUACUAAGAAAGCAGAUCGUAGAGAGGGUCCCCAUUUAAGGGCCCCCUACAUUGAGAUCAACAGAAGAACAAUUCUGCUGUGUCCCCUCUCCUCUUUCCUGCAGUCCUGCGAGCAGCGGGGGAAUAGCACCUAUGCUGGGUUGAUGCUGUGCUCUCUCCUUAUCUUACAACACUUUGCCCAGUGUCUUUCAGCCCUGCAACAUGUUAAAUCUGUAUAUCUUUCUCGCUGCUAUAAUGCUGUAUGAGCUGUCUGUAUCAAUGUAUGCAAUACAUCCAGUUUUUAGUGUUUAUGUCGAGCUAACAAAGCAUGUAAGGAGCAAGAUCAUAUACCUGCCAUUUCACUGGUCUCUGAUAGUUAUUUUCAUUUAUACCUUUCUCAGGUGACCUGCCAAUGUCAUCCUGUAUUCUGCA